GAAGACAGGGGAGGAGCUUACAAAGUAUAAACUUGAAUGUGUUCUAGCAGUUCACCGUGGUAAACUAUGACAAAAGUGGACAUAGGGACGUUAUCCACCACAAGUUUACCUAGACGUAGACAAGUAGGUUUUCCAACUCUGUCUGAAAUUGAGACCGCUUGAUAACAUCCACAAAGCCGCCUGCUUGGAUACGAUAGCCAAACCAACUAAGGACAGGCUCCCACAUCAAGAGUUCUGGAUCUGGUGUCGUCGGACUGCAUGCGUGCGUGAAAUAUUUACGCUAAGAAUAAGAAGAUAUCGUUUUGUUUUACGCAGAGAGAAGAACAUUCCUUGAAAUAUGAUCACGUUAUUGUUUCUCGUAAUGACCGGUCCUGGUGUGCUGUCUUCCUCGACCCAGCUGGCCGCCAUACAGCCCCAGGACCCGGCUGUGCGGAUCGGCACCAGCCUGACGGCCACCUGCUCGGUCAGCCCAGAGCUCGGCCUGCACGCCAGUUCGCUCUUCUGGACGCUGAACGGCAAGCGCCUCCCCAGCAGCACCUACGCCGUGCUCAGCCCCACCGUGCUCAGCGUCAGCCUGCCCCCACUGCCGGGCUCACGCCAGCGCUCCGGGGACAACCUGGUGUGCCACAACAACGGGGGCCAUGUCCUCGCCGGCACCUGUCUCUACGUGGGCAUGCCCCCGGAGAAGCCAGUGAACCUCACCUGUUGGUCCAGGAACACCAAGGACCUGACCUGCCGCUGGGCCCCGGGGGGACAGGGCGAGACCUUCAUCAGGACCAAGUACACCCUCAAGUAUAAGCUGAGGUGGUACGGGCGGGAGAAGGAGUGUGAAGACUACAACACAGGCCAGCCGUACACGUGCUACAUCCCCCGCGACCUGGCCCUGUUCACGCCCUACGAAAUCUGGGUGGAGGCGUCCAAUCAGCUCGGGUCGGCUGUCUCGGACAUCAUCUACCUGGACAUCCUAGACGUGGUCACCACCGACCCCCCUGCUAACGUGCACGUGAGCCGUGUGGGGGACCUGGAGGACCAGCUGAGCGUCCGCUGGGGCACUCCGCCCGCCCUCAAGGACUUCCUCUUCCAGGCCAAGUACCAGAUCCGUUACCGGCUGGAGGACAGCGUUGAGUGGAAGGUGGUGGAUGACGUGGGGAAUCAGACCUCCUGCAGGCUGGCAGGCUUGAGGCCGGGCACCGUGUACUUUGUCCAGGUUCGCUGCAACCCGGUGGGCAUCCUGGGCUCCAGGAAGGCUGGCAUCUGGAGCGACUGGAGCCACCCGACGGCAGCCUCCACUCCACUCAGUGAGAGGCUGAUGGGUGGCUCCUGCGACUCCAAGUCGGGCCAGCAGAACACCACGCUACGGCGGGACCUCAAGCAGUUCUUCGGCUGGGUGCGCAAACACGCCUACGGCUGCAGCAGCAUGUCCAUCAAACUCUACGACCAGUGGCGGGUCUGGCUGCAGAAAUCCCACAAAACGCGGAACCAGGUAGGUUCUUCAAGACGAUAAAUCCUAGCACCUGCUCUUUCAUAUAGCAUGGCCAAGUCUGAAGAGGGCCAUUAAUACUUGUAGGAGAGGCUUCACUUUCUCCAGACUGGACUAUUGUUUGGUUCUUUCCUACAAACAAAAAAAAAGAGCCUGCUGCAGAUGGAACUUUGAAGACUCUUCUGACCGUGGAGUCUUGUGUGGUGUGGAGGAGGUGUGUUCCAGCACAGAGCCGGCCUCAUGCCCUGUUUUACACGUGUCUUUCAGUACAGACCAAACACAAACUGUUUAAAAACUGUCUCUCCUAUCGUGGUGACAUUAGCAAGAGCAACUGUUCACAUGUGGAGCGUGUGUGUCUUUUGCCCGGGGGCACAAGGUCAGCAACAGAGGACAUUUGCACAUUGACAUCUCGGAAUGAUGCACAAGCAAUUUACAUUAGUCUGAUGACUCAGCCUCUAUAUUUGCUUCAGGGUCAUUCUGAAACCACUCCAGCAGCUAUCGGCCAUCCCAGAGCGCAUCUCCCGAAAGAAAUCUUCUGAAAGAAUGCACGAAAGUCACAACACACCAUCAGCAACUACCUUAUUUUUGUUGUUGCGAGGUCAACCAACUAAUUAUUUUGUUCUGUGCUCAGACCAGAACACUGUUGCAGUAUUAAUGUGUGGUCAGGGGAGGGGAAAGGGGAAUUUACUGUAAUCAUACUGAGAAGGUAUACCUCAUGCAAUACCUCGGUUUUAGAAGCCUACGUGUGUUGGUUAGGGUCAUUGUGGCCCACAACCAGAAGUCGACUCUUAAACUACAUCAGAUUUUGGUAUAUUGGAACUUUGCCACUAUUUAUGGAUAUGAUUUGUGGAUAUGUACACUAGUGCCUUGAGUUCAUUACGUUGUAUAGCUUUUGUCACCAAAGGCCAAGACCACCCAGUCAAGCAUCGGAAAGAAAUGAGAAGAAGAGAACUGCAGUGUCUUAACUCCGUGGCAAAUUGGUACCCCAAAGGUAAACACCCUCAAACCAUGGAUUAAGAGCGACGGAAUGCUGCCAUGGAAUCUUUUCUUUGGAGUUUUGACUUGGGAAGGGGCACCCUUCGGCUUUCAUGGUCUUCAACAUCCCACUUUACUUUGGCAUCAUAACUUCACUGAAGCUGGAUUUAGAGGUGUUAAGGAGGUUUGUAGCAAUGAACAGUUUGUGAAUAGUUGUGUUUAUAUUUGAAUACAUUUCACUGCUUUUAUUUUUAUACGUAAUUGUAUCAGCAUAUUUAAAAUUGUGCAAAGCUAUGUUUGUUGUCUAAAUUAUGUAUAGUUAGUUAUUAUAUUGAUGACUGAAAUAAAAUAAAAAAAACAUAAUAUUGUUAUACAAAUCACUCUGAGAUAAACCAAAG